AUGGUCAACAGCCUACGAUCAUUUCGUACAGCUAAACAGAUGUGGGAUUUCUUGAAGCGUGUAUACAGUCAAGAAAAUGCUGCUCGGCGAUUUCAACUUGAACUCGACAUCAACAGUUUUGGCCAAGGCAAUCUUUCUAUACAUCAGUAUUAUUCUGGUUUUAUAAAUCUUUGGAGUGAAUAUUCUGAUAUUCUCUAUUCCAGCGUAUCUAAUGAGGCCUUGGCAAGCCUUCAAGAGGUUCAUGAAGUGAGCAAGCGUGAUCAGUUUUUUAUGAAGCUGAGACCAGAAUUUGAGAGCGCCAGGGCAGGUUUAUUGAAUCGAAGUCCAGCACCAACAUUAGAUGUUUGUCUUGGUGAACUACUUCGUGAGGAACAACGAUUGGCUACUCUUGCUGUCAUGGGGGGGUCAAAAGAAACAUCUCAGGUUCUCAAUGUUACUUUUGCUGCUCAAGGGAAGAAUCGAGGAAUGGGUUUCGUUCAGUGCUACAGUUGCAAAGAGAUGGGACACAUAGCUCGCAACUGUACAAAGAAAUUCUGCAACUAUUGCAAGCAAAAUGGACACAUCAUUAAAGAGUGUCCAACAAGGCCAGAAAAUCGAAAAGCACAAGCCUUUCAAGCUACUGUUUCAGGUUCUCAUGUUCUUGGUUCUGCAGCAAAUAUCACAAAUCAACACAUUAUGACUCCAGAAAUGGUCCAACAAAUGAUUUGUACUGCAUUUUCUGCUCUUGGACUCCAAGGUCAAGGAUCAAGUGUCGGGGAAGGUGAUAGCGAAGGGGCCUAA